AUGUGGAGACCGCCAUGGCUCCAAGCAAAGUGGUAUGUGGUGUACAGAAUGUGGGUGCUCUUCACGCUGACCAGCUUCCUCGUCGCUCAGGUACAAGGCCUGUGGUACUUCUGGGGAAACAUCGACAAAAUCACCCAUGACACGUGUCUUCUCAUUACCACAAUACAAUGUCUUAUUAAAUUCUUUACCUUCGUUUUGAGACAGCAAGAUUUUAUCCGCGUGGUGCAGAAAGUAGAGGCUAUGAGGAAAGAACAACUCAAAAUCGACGACCCAGAAAUAAUCUCUAUCCUUGAUGCAUCGUACAGAUCGGCGAAAACUAUUACACUGUGCAUGACGUUUCUGGGGGGUACUGCACCUGGCGCCUGGGCCAUCAUUCCCACCAUCAUGCGGAAGUUCGGAAUCUUUCCACCAGAUAGGGAACUGCCGGCGACCGCCUGGUACACCAGCAGAGACACUGACAGUCCCAACUACGAGAUACUCAGCACAUUGCAGUACUUCAGCAUGCAGUACGGCUUCUUCACUGGGGUGGCCCCGGACCUGCUGUUUGUUUCCAUUGUAAUUCACGCAGCUGGACUACUGGAGGUUCUGAACGCUAGAUUGAGAAGUGUUGGGGAUAUGUAUCGAAAGGGCAGCGUUAACACUCGCAAACCAGAUAAGUCACCAGAAAAGCUUUCAGAUCGCGUUUCCCCUGCAGAAAUAAUGUGGAAAGACCUUUGCAUAUGCAUCAAGUACCAUCAAGACAUCAUAGAAUUAAUUAAUGAAACUGAAAGACUGUUGAGCAAACUUGUCCUUCUACAGUUCAUGGGAGCAACUGUUAUUAUUUGCGUCACAUUGUACCAGAGUUCUAAGAAUACGGAGAACAUCGCAGCACUACUGAUGCUACAGUUAUACUUAGGAAUCAUCAUAUACGAAAUAUUUAUGUACUGCUGGUACGCCCAGGAUAUAUUGUAUCAGAACUCUCGACUUGCAAAGUCCGCCUAUUCCUGUAGCUGGCCGGGAGCACCACUAAAACUGCAGCGCGCCCUGGUGUUCAUCAUCUGCAGGACUCAGAGGCCACUCGGACUGACCGCCGGCAAAUUCUACCACGUCUCACGAGAAACGUUUGUGCGGUUGAUGAGUGCUUCGUACUCCUACUACGCUCUCCUCAACCAGGUGAACGACAAAUGA